UGCUCCCCUCGCCUCCCUCACACCCCGCCCACCAAGAUGGCGGCGGCCAUGCCGCCUCCCGCCGCCGCUGCCUCACCCACCUCUCCGGGCCCUUCCCGCCCUUUUUAACGGCCUCGCUCGCCCCGGGGCUUCCCCCGGGGUUUCCCCGAGCCCUUCCCGCCCCCGCCGUGAGGGCGCGGCCAUGGACGGGCCGGGCGCGGCGGCGGCGGCGGGCGCGGGGCCCGGGGCCAGCAACGUUCCCGCCUUCCUCACCAAGCUGUGGACGCUCGUGGAGGAUCCCGACACCGAUUCCCUGAUCUGCUGGAGCCCCAGCGGGAGCAGCUUCCACGUGUUCGACCAGGGCCAGUUCUCCAAGGAGGUGCUGCCCAAGUACUUCAAACACAACAACAUGGCCAGCUUCGUCCGGCAGCUCAACAUGUGUGAGUGCUCCAUGGAAAAUUCUAGAAAAUCCGGGAAUUCUGGGGGUUUGGGAGUGGGGAUCAGCUUGGUCCGGCAGCUCAACAUGUUGUUCCCACAGCUGAUCCAGUUCCUGAUCUCCCUGGUGCAAUCCAACCGGAUCCUCGGCGUCAAGAGGAAAAUCCCCCUGAUGCUGAACGACGGCGGCCCCGCCCACCCCGUGCCCAAGUACAGCCGGCCCCUCUCGCUCGAGCACCACGGCAGCAACAGCUACAGCGCGCCGGGCGCGGCUCUGUCGGGCCCCGCGCUGCUCCCGGCCGGGCCCGGCCCCGCCUCGGGCCCCAUCAUCGCCGACGUCACCGAGCUGCCCCCGUCCAGCCCCGAGGCCUCGCCGGGGGGCAGCCUGGACGGCAGGAGCAGCCCGGUGAUCCGGAUCAAGGAGGAGCCUCCCAGCCCCACGCGGAGCCCGCAGGUGGAGGAGCCCAAGAGCGCCGGGAAUUCCGGGAAUUCUGGGAAUCCCGGGAAUUCCGAGACCCCCCUGUCCCCCUCCACCUUCAUCGACUCCAUCCUGCGGGAAAACGACUCCGGAGCCGCUCCCGGGAAUCCCCAAUCCCAGGAAAAGUGCCUCAGCGUCGCCUGCCUCGACAAGUCGGAGCUGAACGAGCACCUGGACACGAUCGACUCCAGCCUGGACAAUCUGCAGGCGCUGCUCAGCACCCACGGCUUCAGCAUGGACAGCGCCCUGCUCGACCUCUUCAGCCCGUCCGUGGCGGUGCCGGACGUGACCCUGCCGGACCUGGACAGCAGCCUGGCCAGCAUCCAGGAUCUCCUCUCCAACCAGGAGCAGCAGAAACCGACGGAGACCGAGCCCGGCGCGGGGGACUCCGGGAAGCAGCUGGUGCCCUGCACGGUCCAGCCGCUGUUCCUGGUGGAUUCCAGCGCCGUGGACGUCGGAUCCGGGGAUCUCCCCAUCUUCUUCGAGCUGGGGGAGGGGCCGCCGUGCUUCCCGGACGGGGACGAGUAUCCCGAGGAGUACGCCGAGGAGUAUCCCGAGGAGUAUCCCGAGGAGUAUCCCGAGGAGUAUCCCGAGGAUCCCGCGCUGCUCCCCACGCCCAAGGACCCGGCCGUGUCCUAAAGCCGGGAUCGGGGACAGGGACUGGAUCACACCCCCCCAAAAAAAAAAAAAAAAAAAAAAAACCACGGGAUCCCAAAAAAAAAAAACCAGGGAUCCCAAAAAACAACAAGGGAAGGAAGCCCCGAGUGACUCGUCCUGCUGCUUCGCACCCAACCCGGAGCCGCCGCCCGCCGGGAAUUCCGGAGGGUUCCGGGGGAUCCUGGAGGAUCCCGGAGGAUCCUGCGUCGUCCCGGGGAAUCUUGGAGCAUCCUGGAGAAUUCUGGGAAAUCCCGGAGGAGCCCAGAGAAUCCUGAAGGAUCCCAAAUCAUCCCGGGGGAUUCUGGGAAAUCCCAGAGGAUCCCGGGGAGUCCUGGAGCAUCCCAGAGAAUUCCGGGAGAUCUCAGGAUCCUGGAGCAUCCCGGGGAAUCCUGGAGCAUCCUGGAGAAUUCCAGGGAAUCCCAGAGGAUCCCAGGGGAUCCUGGACCAUCCCAGGGAAUCCAGGAGGAUCCCAGAUCAUCCCGGGACAUCCCAGAGGAACCCAGAAAAUCCUGGAGCAUCCCGAAGAGGAUCCCAGAAAAUCCUGGAGGAUCCCAGUUCAUCCCAGGGAAUCCCAGAGCAUUCCAGAACAUCCUGGAGCAUCACAAUGGAUCCCAGGAAAUCCUGGAGCAUCCCACAGGAUCCCGAAGGAUCCCAGAGGAUCCCUCAGUUCUUGUGCUCCCGAGGCGUUCCCAAAUCCCGAAGUCCCCGGAGUCAGAGCCAGAUCCCGGCCGAGGGCUCAGGGGAAAGGGGGAUCCACCCGAUCCCAGGGGAUCCCGAGGGAGUGGGAGGGGUGGGGGUGGGGCCAGAGGAUCCCAGGGAUCCCCAAAUCCCAGAAUAUCCCAGAAAACAAUGGCACCCCAAAAUGCACCGGGGUCCUGAAAUA